AUGAAGUGCCACCAAGGAAAGCUCAUGUCAAGCUCCGUGGGUGCUCGUCCCAUUGCCUUCGCAGCUCUCGCCCUCUGCACAGUCCUCGCAGGGACAUGGAGAGGAUCGUGGCGGCAGACCAACAGACAAGGACCGACCUCUUCUGUGCUCGAGACUCUUGAUCAUCCUGAGCCCCUCGAACCUGUCUCAAACUGCGUCUUCGAUCCCACUCUUGGGACCACUCACUGUCACAGCGGUCGCCUUUACUUCAAUGGCUGCACAACCCCAGGAUGCACUUCGGUGACGGGCGUGCAGCAGCAGGAGUACUCGCAGGAGUACAGCGGGAAGCAGAUGUACACGAGACAGCAGGCGAAGACGCUCGGAGUGGAUCCGAGUGAGGGACGAGACGGGCAGAUCUAUGACACGGUUACAUUGGGAGAAAUGUUCCACCAUCCCCAGGCAGCCGAGGAGCGAUAUGAUGAUCCUUCCAGUGCUGUCCUCUACUUCCCGACGCACUUUGACCCAAGAACGGCUCCACCCGAGGAAGUGAAGCGAGCAGGCGGCAUAGGCAACCUGGAAGAGAACGUUGCUGCCUUAGCAGAAGCCCUGUCGUCCAACACGAUCAGCUUGCAGCGGCUGCUGGACAAGCAGAGGUACAUGAAGCAGGACUGGAAGAGCGUCACAGUCCGAGCUAAGGGAUUGCAUGCUGUGCGGGGACCUCGAGGACCUCCGGGGUUGAUGGGUCUGCCUGGACCGGCUGGGGAGAGAGGAGUCCCAGGAACCAUGGGCCCUCCCGGCUUCCCAGGUCUCCCGGGCGAGAACGUCGAGGGACCUCCUGGACCUCCUGGUGCUGAGGAUGAAGAAACGGAGGAAGAACCUAAAGAGGAAGAACAAGUUGAUAGCGAAGAGACUGAGGGGACGGAAGCAAAGGGACCCGCUAGGAUCCAGCUACAUCGACAGUAUGUCAUGGGGAAAGAGCAUGUGCAUGCGAUUCAGUCGCAAGCAAAGCGCAGUGUUGAGUCUACAGCACAAAAACUUCGUGAUCUACAGGAUGACAUCGACAGGAUCUCAGCAAGAAACUCUGUCCUCAACCAUUUCACAAAGCACAUUCUCAAGACCAUCAAACCAGCUGUACGCGCACCUCAUCCUCCUCCUUCGCCCCAUGAGGACUCGACCACGGACUCUCCAUUGGCCAGGGGCGUCCAGUACAUCCUGCAGUACAUUCCGUUCGGACAACCCGUGCCUCAUGGCGCCAUUCCUGCGAGUGCUGUGCACUGA